AUGUCAAAUAGCAACAAUAGUUCAUAUAAGGGAUCCACAACAGCUAGGUUUGUUAAGAACCCCGGAGGUGCUAAUUCACAAAGAAAUGGAUUUGCUUUGUCUGCACAACAAUUGUUACAAUCCGGUAAAGUCGAUGAGAUCGAUACCAUGAUGGGAUUUGAAAGAUACAUACCACCACAGUUCAGUGGUUCCAUUAAGAAUACAAAGUUACAAAAUAUCCCAGGCAGAGUUGGUUGGCUAGUGAAUAUGCAUCCAACUGUUUUAUCUCAGGACUCAAUUUAUUCUUCAUCAGGAAGUAACAGUAAUGUCGGUGUUGCCGGUGUUGAUUUUUACUUUCUUGAUGAAGAAGGCGGUAGUUUCAAAUCAUCAGUUGUUUAUGAUCCGUACUUCUUUAUUACUGUUACUGACGAUUCAAGAAUUAAUGAUGUUGAAGAAUUUUUGAAAAAAUAUUUAGAAUCAUGCUUAAAAAAUAUAUCUGUUCUGAUAAAGGAUGAUUUAGCAAAGGAUAAUCAUCUAAUUGGUUUAAAGAAAACAUUAAUUAAAUUGAGCUUCGUAAAUUCAAAUCAACUUUUUGAAGCAAGAAAUUUAUUAAGACCUAUAUUAAGAGAUAAUGCGAAUAAUAGAAUGCAAAGAAAUAUCUAUAACCAAAAUAAUAACAACACAGCUGUAGAGGCCCAAAAAGUUAUAGAAGACAUUAGAGAGUAUGAUGUGCCGUAUCAUGUCAGAGUAUCCAUUGAUAAAGAUAUAAGGGUCGGUAAAUGGUAUAAAAUAACGUCACAAGGCUUCUUUGAACACACCGAUAAAGUUGCAUUUGCAGAUCCAGUCGUUUUAGCUUUCGAUAUCGAAACAACAAAACCUCCAUUAAAAUUCCCGGAUGCACAACUCGAUCAAAUAAUGAUGAUUUCAUAUAUGAUCGAUGGAGACGGUUAUCUAAUUACAAACAGAGAAAUUAUUUCAGAGGAUAUUGAGGAUUUUGAGUAUACACCAAAACAAGAAUAUCAAGGUUUAUUUACAAUUUUUAACGAAGUUGAUGAAGUGGGAUUAUUAAACAGAUUUUUUGAGCAUAUAAGAGAGGCAAAACCAACUGUUAUCUCUACCUUUAAUGGUGACUUCUUCGAUUGGCCCUUUGUUGAAACAAGAUCAAAAAUACACGGAAUUAACAUGUAUGAUGAAAUUGGUUUUGCUGCUGAUGCUGAAGGUGAAUAUAAAUCUUCAUACUGUGCACACAUGGACUGCUACCGUUGGGUAAAGCGUGAUUCAUAUUUACCCCAAGGUUCACAGGGUUUAAAAGCAGUUACUCAAGCAAAAUUAGGUUAUAACCCAAUUGAAUUAGACCCAGAAUUAAUGACCCCUUAUGCAUACGAAAAACCUCAAAUUUUAUCUGAAUAUUCUGUUUCUGACGCUGUUGCAACUUAUUAUCUAUACAUGAAAUAUGUCCACCCUUUCAUCUUUUCCCUUUGUACAAUCAUUCCAUUAAAUCCAGAUGAAACUCUAAGAAAAGGUACCGGGACCUUAUGUGAAAUGUUAUUAAUGGUUCAAGCAUACCAAAACGAAAUUAUUCUACCAAAUAAACAUACAGAUCCAAUAGAAAGAUUUUAUGAUGGUCAUCUUCUGGAAUCAGAAACCUAUGUUGGUGGGCACGUGGAGUCACUAGAAGCAGGUGUUUUUAGAAGUGACAUACCCAAUAAAUUUACGAUAGAUCCGAAUACUGUUGAAAAUUUAAUGGAAGAAUUAACUGGCGCUAUGAAGUUCUCCAUUGAAGUAGAAUGUAAUUCAAAAAUCGAAGACGUCACCAAUUUCGAGGAAAUAAAAGCAGAUAUAGCAAAUAAAUUAACUGAUAUGAAAUUAAACCCACAAAGAGACGAAUUACCUCUUAUUUAUCACGUUGAUGUCGCAUCUAUGUAUCCAAACAUUAUGAUUACAAAUAGAUUACAACCAGAUAGUAUAAAAUCUGAAAGAGAUUGUGCUAGUUGUGACUUUAAUAGGCCCAGUAAAAAAUGUGAUAGACGACUCAAGUGGGCUUGGAGAGGUAACUUUUUCCCUACAAAAAUGGAUGAAUAUAAUAUGAUCAAGAGAGCCUUACAAAAUGAAACUUUCAAGAAUAAAAAUAAAAUGUCCAAGAAACCAUUUUUAACAUUCGAUGAAUUAAGUUACACAGAACAAGUUGAACAAAUUAAAAAACGUUUGACGGAUUAUUCCAAAAAGGUAUACCACAAAACCAAGGUAUCAGAAAUUAUUGAAAGAGAAUCUAUUGUUUGCCAAAGAGAAAAUCCAUUUUAUAUAGAUACGGUACGUUCUUUUAGAGAUAGAAGAUAUGAAUUUAAGGGCUUGGCUAAAACAUGGAAAGGUAAAAUGUCUAGUUUAGAUAAAGACGAUUUUCAUGGUAAAGAGGAAGCUAAAAAAAUGAUAGUUUUAUAUGAUUCUCUACAAUUGGCUCACAAAGUUAUUUUGAAUUCCUUCUAUGGUUAUGUUAUGAGAAAAGGUUCACGUUGGUACUCAAUGGAAAUGGCGGGUAUUACUUGUUUGACAGGUGCAACAAUUAUUCAAAUGGCAAGAUCAAUUGUUGACGGUAUAGGACGACCAUUGGAGUUAGAUACAGAUGGUAUUUGGUGUAUUAUUCCAAAAUCAUUCCCAGAAAAUUAUACUUUCACUCUGAGAAAUGGUAAGAAAUUAUUUAUGUCGUACCCAUGUUCCAUGUUGAAUUAUAAAGUUCAUCAACAAUUUAGUAACGAACAAUACCAAACUCUGAUAGAUCCAAUUAAAAAGAAAUAUAAAGUACAAAAGGAAAAUUCCAUUUUUUUUGAAGUCGAUGGUCCAUAUAAAGCUAUGGUUUUACCAACAUCGAAAGAAGAAGGUAAAGGGAUUAAAAAACGUUAUGCUGUUUUCAACGACGAUGGUUCUUUGGCAGAAUUAAAAGGUUUUGAGCUUAAAAGACGUGGUGAGUUACAAUUGAUUAAAAAUUUUCAAAGUGACAUCUUCAAAGUAUUUUUAGAAGGUGAUACUUUAGAAAAUUGUUAUAAGUCAGUUGCCGAUGUUGCUAAUCGUUGGUUAGAUAUUUUGGAUACGAGAGGUUCCAUGUUAGAAGAUGAAGAUCUGAUUGAAUUAAUUUGUGAAAAUAGAAGUAUGUCUAAAACACUAAAGGAAUAUGAAGGACAAAAAUCUACGUCUAUUACAACCGCCAAAAGAUUAGGUGAAUUUUUGGGCGAGGAAAUUGUUAGGGAUAAAGGUUUACAAUGUAAAUAUAUUAUCAGUAGUAAACCAAUAAAUGCACCUGUUACCGAACGUGCUAUUCCAGUAGCAAUCUUCUCAUCAGAUAUUCAAAUAAAGAGAACUUAUUUAAGGCGUUGGCUGCAAGACCCAACAUUGGAGAAUUUUGACCCCAGGAGUAUUAUUGAUUGGGAUUAUUAUAGAGAAAGAGUGGCAUCUGUAGUACAAAAAAUUAUUACUAUUCCAGCUGCUUUACAAGAUGUUACUAAUCCAGUCCCUAGAGUUGAACAUCCAGAUUGGUUAAAAAAGAAAAUAUCCACCAAGACCGAAAAGGCAAAACAAAGUUCAUUGACGAGAUUUUUCUCUAAAUCAAAUGAUAAUCUCGAGCAUAGAAAAGUCAAUGAUAUAGAGGACAUGUUUAAAGACACUAAUGAUGAAUUAAUUGAGAAGUUUAAGGUUGGUAAAGUUAUGUCUAGAAAGUUUGGAGGCAAAAGAAAGAGAAUUCAAGAUAAAAAUGAAAACACAGCAGAAGAAAAUAUGGUGUUACCAGCGGAAUUUCCUGCAAUCGAGGACAAUUAUGUAGGUUGGUUAAAAUAUCAAAAAAUUAAAUGGAAAAUUCAACAAAAAGAUAGAAACCGAAGAAAUGAAUUAUUUGGUAACAAUAAUUCUUCAUCUGGCAGAAAUAUGCUAAGUUCUAUGAUUCGAAAACAGGCUGAAUCCUAUGCAAACUCAACUUGGGAGAUUAUACAGUAUAAGAAAGGAGACCAACCUGGUGAGCUUGAAGUGUAUGUACUAAUUAACCAGAAAAUUCAGGUGCUAAAUUUUAAGAUUCCAAAAACUCUAUUCAUAAAAUUCAAAAAUGAAGAAAUACCUAUUAAUAAAAUUAAAAAGUGUACCGUAGAAAAGUCCAAUGCCAUGCUACCAAAUAAUCAUUUUUUAAAUGAAGGUAAGAAUGGUUCAUUAUUUAAAUUAACACUGCCUGAGAAGAUAUAUGAAGCUGAAAGCGAAGAUCCAACCAGUAUUCUAAAUGAUGAAGGUGUAAUGGGUAUAUUUGAAAGUACAAUUACUUCUUCAGAACGUGCUAUUAUUGAAUUAGGUUCUACUGUAUCUUUUUCAUCCAACGCUAUGGGAGCACUAGGACGAGGAUUACAAAAAGGUUUUGAUAUGAAAAGUUUAUCCAUGUCUGAUAAUAAUAGAUAUUUGUCAUCUCUUCCACCUGGAAUUUCAUACAUUUUGCAUCUCGUUAGUGAUAUUGGUUAUGAAUUUUUUACUGUCUAUAAAUCAUGGGAUAAAACAGUAAGAAUUUUAACCUUGAAGCCCUCUAACCAUGCGCAAGUUUUACAACCUGCUACAAUUGAACAACUUUAUAAAACUGCAUACAAUAAAAAGAAGGAUGAUCAUUAUAAUCAUUAUCGUUCAAUUAAUCUAACUAAGGACUUAAAUUUUGAACAGUUUAGUUAUACUGAUAUUACGAAGGUUUAUAAAAAGCUGUCACAAAUACUAUCUGAUAUAAAGGAUGAAAAAGGUUUGCAAUUCUUGAUGUUAAUUCAAUCACCAUAUAUUAUGAAGUUAUUAAAUUUCGUCAAAUACUUAAAUCAAGUUCCCUUAAUCGAGUUAGCUUCUAACGAAUUAUCAUUACCUCAAUUAAACUGGCAAACUAUUUUGAGUAAAAUUAUAGUUUCUAAUUUAGUCAGCAGUGGUUCAUCGUUACAUACACUGAUCACAUUAUCUCAUUAUAGUAACAUUCCUAUUUGUAACUUGAAGUUACACGAAAUGAACUUUAUUAUUGACGUACUAUAUGCAAGAAAGUUAAAAAAUGAAGGUAUUGUUUUAUGGUGGAAUGAUAAAACACCUCUGCCUGAUUAUGGUGGUACUCAAAAAGAAUUUGAUUUGAACACUUCCUGGAUUAUGAAUGAUCUGAAAUUCCUUGAAAUUAACAAUCCAGAUGUUUAUGAUAAUGUUACUUUGGAGCUAUCAAUUAACAAUUUGACAGUAAAUACAGUUUUAACAUCUGCUGUCAUCAGUAGCAUUGAUGGUAGUGAUUUAGCCGAAGUUAAUUCACUUAUGAUAAAUAAUAAUAAUGAAAAUGGUACAGGUUCUUCGUUUGUGCAAGAUUCUUUUUCGACUGGUUCAUUGAGUGUACUAAGAUCUGUUUUGAAAUCAUGGUGGGAUCAAGCUCUGAAAGGUGAUGUUAGUGCAGAUCUACUUGUUAAUUCAUUUGUUUCAUGGGUUCAAAACCCUGAUUCUAAACUAUUCGAUGGUACAUUAAGAUAUCACGUUAAUAACUUGACAAAAAAAUCUUUAUUGCAGCUAAUCAAUGAAUUCGUAUCAUUAGGUUCUUCAGUAGUCUAUGCUGAUAGAAAUAAACUAUUUAUUAAAACUUCGAAAACUUCCCCAGAAAAUUGUUAUGCUUACGGUCAAUAUAUUGUAAAGGCCAUCCGUUCAAGUUCCUCUUUCUGUUACUUAGAUCUCAGUGUCGAACGUUAUUGGGAUAUACUAAUAUGGAUGGACAAAUUUAAUUUCAGUGGUUUAGCCUGUAACGAAAUCACCGAUUCCGAAACCCAGGAGAUGUCUGCCUAUUCUCAAUGGCAGAUAAAGGAUUUCUUACCAGCAAUUUAUCAACCUGAAUUCGAUGACUGGAUCAUGAUUAUAUUAGACAGCAUGGUGAAGUCUAAAGAUCAAUAUUACGAAAGUAAAGCUGGCACCCAAAGACUAACACAAUUGCCUAUUGUAAAAGAUCGAAAUAAUGAUGAUGACGAGACUGGACCAUUGGAGAACUACACAAAAAUGUUUUAUCAGACAUUAUUACAAAGAGUCCAAAAAUUAUUCCGUAAUCAACAGGAAUUUAUUUUAGAUCCGCAAUAUAAAAACGACUACAUUUUUCCAGUAGUUCCGGGAUCUCACUUGAACAUGAAAAAUCCAUUGCUCGAAUUUGUUAAAUUUAUUUGUCAAGUGAUGUUGUUAUCAACAAAGACAACCUUAGAAGUUAGAGAAUUAAGAAAAGAACUAUUGAAGAUAUUUGAAAUACGUGAGUUUGAGAAGAAAUCUGAAUUUCAAAAUCCUUCUUCCAGUUUGGUUAUUAAUUGUUUCUUAUGUGAACAUUGCUAUCAUAUAACAGACAUAGAUAUCUGUAAAGCCAACAUAGAAACAGUCUUUUCCUGUGAAAGAUGUGAGAAACCUUUAGCAAAACAAUUAUUUGAAGACCACUUAAUUCAAAUGUUGGUGAGCGACUUUGAAGCAUACUAUACCCAAGAUCCACGUUGUGUCAAAUGCAGACGUGUGAAAAAAGAUUUAAUGUCAGAGCAUUGUCCUUGCUCUGGUAAUUGGAUUAACACAAUCUCCCAAGCCGAAUUGUUGCAAAAAGUAAAGAUUUAUAAUCAAGUCGCCAAUCAUUACAACUUCAUUAGAUUGACAUCGGCAAUCACAGAAGUAGUUCAAUAA